AUGUCUGGCCACCCCGUGGCUCUCCCGCACUGGAUCCAGACCGUGUCUGGAUGGAGCGCUUUGGCGUCUCUGGUGAUCAUUUUUUUCAGCAUUCUUCUACACCUUCUAAAUUACAGAAAACCGUUCCAGCAGCGAUUGAUGAUCCGGAUCCAGUUGAUCGUGCCGCUUUUCGCCAUUCUGUGCUACUCAAUGCUCCGUGAUCCAACGGCCGUUUUUAACAAGUUUGUCGUCGAGCCGGUUCGAGAAAUAUACGAGGCGUUCGUCAUCUACACGUUCUUCUCGUUGCUUACCGAUAUGCUAGGAGGAGCCAAAAGCAUCAUCAUUAUGACCAGCGGGCGGCCUCCUGUGCUGCAUCCGGGGUUUGUGAAGUGGAUUCUUCCUCCCUUAGAUAUUCUGGACCCGCAGACGUUUUUGGCCAUCAAAAGAGGUAUUCUACAAUACGUCUGGUUGAAACCGGUCAUCUGUUUUGGUACCUUGUUUUUUGAGCUCCUCGGCUGGUACAACGUCAACGAUAUGAGCGCAAGCUCAUUGUACCUCUGGUUUACGAUCGUCUACAACUUCUCGGUGUCGCUCUCGUUGUACUGCCUUGCCAUCUUCUGGAAGAUCCUCUGGCAGGACCUUAAACCGUUCAACCCCAUGGGAAAGUUUCUUUGUGUCAAGCUCAUCAUUUUUGCCUCUUACUGGCAAGGUGUCCUCUUGGCGAUUCUCAACAUCAUGGGCGUUUUGCCAGGGGACAGUUCGCAGGACGAAAACGGAGCCCCAAACAUCGGUGUAUCUAUUCAAAAUGCCUUGCUUUGCGUGGAGCUAAUAGCCUUUGCCAUUGGCCACUGGCUUUCCUUCUCGUAUAAGCCCUAUACCAUCUCGAGGAUGCCCACGGGACGAGUGCAGUUUUACUACGCUCUUCGAGACAUGUUCGGCAUCAAAGAUUUGAUCGUGGACUUCGCCCUUACAUUUUACGGUGACUACUAUAAGGAUUAUAAGCAGUUUGACUCUGUCGAAGCCCUUAUAGCACAUCCGUCGCUGAAGAGCCGUAUGGGCCGUAUCAAUCAAGGUCUCCGCUACCAACCCGAUGGUAAGCAAAAGCACUGGCUCCCGCUGCAAAACCUACAGUCCUCGCCUCUGGCAGGCCAGGCCAGCAUCCGCAGCACAUCGGAGAUCAACGCCAUCUCCAACAAUAUUUAUCUGCAGCAGCACGGGCGUACACAUUCGAUUUACGCUCCAUCGCUAGCAUCCACUGGAACAUCCACCAGAGCUCUUUAUCCACAUUCCGAUAAGGGCAGCCCGCCAGCGUCGCCGUUGCUUUCCGACGCCCAUUCCAUCAAGACGAAUCCUUCCAAUUUGGAGGAGGAGUUCUCGGAAACCAUCUCGGAGACCCUCCGUAAGCUCAAUCCUAAUGUAAGCUAUGACAACGAGUACCUUGAUGAGGAUGAGCAGUACUACCAGGCUGCAUGCUCUGUUGUCAACAAUUACAACCUCGACCAAACGGAGGUGAAGAAGUUGGUCAAUUACCCGAUUGUGGAUGAGCUUAUCGUUGGCCACGAGUAUGGCUACAAAGUCAAAAAAUUGCGUGCGGAUCGGAUUCGCCAACAACGGCAAAACAACUACAGCAGCCUUUCCCGAAAUGACAACCGUGGGUACGGCAGUGUCUAA